UUAGAUAAGUAUGAUUACUCCUACGUGCCAUACAAAAACAUAUAUAUACGUGGCGAUUUUCAGCUUAAAUUUACGGCAACCAUCGAGCAGAAGACAACAUCCAUAAUCUUGAAGGAAAUAAAAUUACAUCACAAUGUUGAAGAUAGUUUGCUGCUUGUUACUAUUGCUACAAGGAACGCUCUGUGCGUCACUACCAGAGAGCAGUAAUGCAAACCGGAGUUCAGAGUUUUUCAGGAGCUUGAUAACAGGAACCGGCGGUUUGUCUGGAGAAGUCGAUAAUGUGAUACCGGAUGAUGAAUUUUCACAGAGUGAAGGAGAAACACAGGAAGCCUCCAUUCCGCUGAAGGGGUUUGGGACCUUCCACGCCUAUCAAAGUUUUACUCGAUGUUAUCAAACAGCCCAAACUAUCAUAUUUGACAAGGCACCGGUAAAUGUUGGAAACAGAUACAGUGUCCAUACCGGUGGGUAUAUUGUUCCUAGAGGGGGACUCUACGCCUUCACAUGGACCGUUGCCGCCGAAAAGAAAACCUGGUUUGUGUCGCAACUAAUAGUGAACGGCUUCAUUAAGGGAUAUAGCAUGACCGACGCUGAUAUAAACGGACACGGAAGUGGAAUCCAUCCAGCGACAGGGUUUGCUGUGGUAAAUGUCAAUCAUGGUGACCACGUUUUCAUCAGAUUUGGACAGGGCGCUGGGUGUCGGGUUAAAAGCGACACAAUGACACGUACAACCUUUUCUGGUUGGCGUUUGUCCUAAGCUGCGUGUAUAGAAGCGUACGACGUGUAGAAAUACAGCCCGUCUAUGAUAACGUUAUUUCAUUAUCACUUUCUUACUAAUAUUCUGUAAUAUUAUCUUAACCAAUCUUUUUUUGUUUUAAAAUUCCUUUCAGUGCAAUGAACACGUCAAUGUUUUAUAAAGUGCAAAUGAAUUUCGCUCAAACAUUUCAAGAAAGUUUAUCAAAAAAGCAAACUUUUGAUGUCAACUGAAAUCGAUCUAUGCAAAUAACAUAAAUUUCACAAGUUUUUAUUUUUAAAAAGACGUUUUGUCUCAGUUCAAGAUAUAUGUGAUAAAAUGACCGGGAAACUUUAUUCAUUCGAGAUAAAUCAUGAUAAUAGUAUAAUUCUUUUUCUACUGUCAUUUCUGUUGGUAAAUAAAUCAUUUUCAAAGCA